AUGGGGCUUGCUCGUGAUCUACUUCAUCCAACUCUUGCAGAAGAGAAAAGAAAAUGCAAAUUGAAGAGACUGGUGCCUUCACCAAACUCCUACUUCAUGGAUGUUAAGUGUGCUGAUUGCUUGAAGAUUCAGGUUGUAUUCAGCCACGCCCAGACUCCUGUCGUUUGUCCCGGUUGCGACCGAAUCCUCUGCACGCCUACCGGUGGCAAGACGAAGUUGACUUUCGCCUAUAUUAGUGAGGUUUUUCUUGAACAAACAAGCCCGUUUCCGAUUGAACUGGGUAACCGGAUAGAAUGGAAGGUGUCUCCGAAAAGUGGUAACGCUUAUGACAGCACGGGUGGAAUCAAUAUAUUCCUGGAGGAUAAACUGACUAAACAGCCCACAUUCUUGGAUCUAAGCCUGACUCUUGAACGAGAACCUGACUAUGUGAAGUAUGCACCGCCAGAACUGCUUCUUGCGCCUCCCACCUUCUUAGAUGGUUCAAUGGCUAGGCUUGAAUGCAAAACCGACGGGGCGUUGCCACCUGCUCCCAUAUCGUUUUCAAUUGUUUGCGACAAUCCACCUCGUGCAACCGUUGAGCUAGAUAGACAAUCCAAGGCCCAGAUCGGGCAUCCCUACGAAAUUAGCUAUGCCUACUAUCACUUUCGGUCUCCUCCCACGGACGAGGAAUUGGCCGAAAGAAUAGCCAUUCGGAACGCGCGGUCUAUUAUUGAGGAAUCACGCAUUGCCCGGAGCCAGGACAAUCUUACCCUCUCGGUGUCGCUUCCAGUCAAUUCCAGGGCGCAUGACUGCAGCCUCUAUUGUCGACUAAUGGGCAAAGAAAGACAAGUUCGUCUUACAGUUUACUAUCAAACAACUGUUGCGUAUAUUCUUCCAUCACCAACUGACGGCCUGAUGCGAGUGGGUAGCUCCGUGACCUGCUACGCAGACGGCUACCCCGAGCCAUCAAUCUCUCUGUCUCUACGCCAGCCGAUGCACCAGUACCAGAGACGGCCGAUUAUCGACCCAAAGGAGUACAUCGUGACAACGAGUCCCUCCCCACCAGUCGAUGAGUUUGAGGACAAGUCGGACGUUGCGGUGGCAACGCGAAUCGGUCUUCGGCCCGACGAGUACACCAUACGCGGUGCUCGGUUCUCACUGGCCUACAACGCCACACCCGGCGUCGAGCUGCUGCUUGUCUGCUCGGCUGGAAACGCCCUCCCCAACUCCCUCAACUUUCUGGGCUACAAUAAGACCAUUGCCGUGGCGAGGUUUACUGUGGCGGCCAUCUCGUACAGCAGCAUUGGGAUUGUGGUGGGCAUUUGUUUGUCCAUCCUGUUGGUCGCGAUCCUCGUCAUCCUGCUGAUGAUCUACCUGCGUCGUCGUCAGAAGUACGCCUCCAACGCCACCCAUCCAAAAUAUCACAAAAUACCACAAAAUUCCCUUCUUUAA